UCAUUUGAAGAAAAAGGUUGCAUGAGCCACUUAAAACCCCUGAAAGAAGUCAUUCCCAAUCCUCAAGUAUAUAAAGUCGCCUCCAAUUCUCAAUUUCUUGAAGCAAACUAGUAUAAAGAAAACCAAGAAACCCCCCUCUCCAUGGAUGAUAAUCCAAGAAAAAGUGCAUCAAGUUCUCAAAUUCCUAUUGUCAUUGCAAGCAGUGAAUGUCUAAUGAAUAAGCUUCCAUCCUGUUUGAUAAUGGACAUACUAUCAAGAUUGCCCAUCAAGACCAUCUUGAAUUGCCGGUGUGUUUGCAAGACUUGGCUUCACUACAUCUCAGAUUCUUUCUUUGCCAAACUCCAUCUUGAAAGAUCACCCACCAGCUUGCUAGUCAAAACCAUAUCCAACAAUCCUGAAUCAAGAAGCGUCCAGCUUGUCCAAAUAACUGGAAAGCCUGUUGGUUUGCGCUUCCGUGUUGUUGAAGAAAUGAAGUUUGUUCAGGAAAUCAACCUACCCUAUAAUAAUGAUUUCUUGAUUGAAAACUCUUGUAAUGGGCUUCUUUGCAUUUCUCAAACCUUCCAAGACGGCUCCCAUGAUGACAUUUAUUUGUGCAAUCCAAUUUUGGGGGAGUAUAUCUCCAUUCCACUCGCUGCUGGACAAGGUACAAGGCAUAAGAGUAGUUUCAGUUUGGGAUACAGUGCCAUUACUAAAGAAUACCAAGUGUUGCACACUUUUUAUUCGAAGAAAGGGCCUGAUUCCCAACCUGAGGCUGAGAUAUACACGAUUGGUACAGGGAAAUGGAGAGGAAGCAAGCUGGUAGAGAAGAUGGCAAGUCCUCUUCUGAAGGAGCAUAUAACUGCACCAGUCAUGAUCAACUUUCUGAGAGCAUUCCUCCACAGCACAUUACAAAUGGUGACCUGUCUGAUAGCAUCUCUGCAGAGUUUUUACCUAAGCUCUUCUGAUUUUCAAGUUCUGUUGCGUGAUUUUAGAUGAUAUGCUCUUUGUUGUUCAUUGCGAAUCCAUGACCAUGUAAAUAACUUUUUAGCGGGAACAUAUAGGAUGAUUAAGAUUGUGCUCGAAACUCUUGAAGUGUUUGGGCAUAACAAGUGUGAAUUCUAUCGAAAAGUUUGAUGACACAGAGGAUGAGAAAUAACACAAGACGUUUGCUAAAGGAAUCUUUAAUUACAAAUGGUUA